UGUAAAUUAUAAUAAGGCAGAUAAUAAUCGUGAUAAGCGCUGAUGUCGUUGCUUUACGCGCGUAAAUAAGAACAAAAGGCGGGAUUUUGGUACAGAGGUUAGAAUAAUACAAAGUAGUGAGAAGGCAGGGACAUUGUUGAGGUUGUCCCAUAAACUUGUGAGGCUGAAAAGAUAAAUAAUUCAUUUAGAUUAUUCAGAAGUAAAUAAAUUAAAGUUGUAUUGUUUAUUGUCGCGCUGCAGUCGUAUAUAUCAGUAUAUAAAUAAUGUCGCAGCCGUCAGUUACUGCGUAUUUUAAUACGAGAAAACGACAAGCCACUGAUGAACUUAGAAACAAAUCUAAGGUAGUGGUUUUGGAGCAUGAGAGGAUGAGAAUUACAUGUAACGGUGAAAUUAAAAAGGAGCUAGAAGAUGAUCCAAAAGCUUCAUUAAAAGAAAAAGAGUUUGAAAGUGCCUUAAAAGUUGUCUUCAAGUCAUCUGAAAGUACACAACCUUCUAGUGCCUCAGAAAAAAAUUCUGCUGUUAGGAAUAUACAAUUUGAUGCUCCAAAAGUAUCAUCUUCAAAAACUAGAAUGACGAGAGCAAGAUCUUCGAAAUUAAAAAAAAUCGUUCAACAUGAAGGGCAGACUGAUAUUAAAGAGUCAUUAUUCAAGAUGGGUGAAGAAUUAAAGCAACAAAGUAAUGUGCCUUUUGAAAAAAAAGGACUUUUAAGUCCACGGAAAAAUUUGUCGUCCAAGAAAAAUACAAAAAAUCCAGAAAAACAAGAGAAACUGGUAGAAAAUUCUGAACAGAAACCUGCUGCGGGUUCUGUGACUCCGAAACAAGGGUCAUUAAUGGAUAAAUUAGCGCAGCAAGAUUUAAGUCUGACAGAAAUUAAAAACAGAAUCAAUAAGUCUUCACGAUUAGCAGAAUUACGAGCUAGGAUUGAUCAAUUUAAAAAAUGUGAGGAAAAGCUUGACAAAUUACAACAGCAGGGUCGAGAAGAACCUCAAUUGAAAAUUAAGAAAUUUGAGAAGAUUGAAUUAGAAAUACCAGUCAGUCCAAGUAAACUUGCUCGAUCACCAUUGAAAACUCCAACGAAAAACAUUCAACUUCCAUCAACAGCAAGUCCUCAGCGGCGUUUAUUAUUUUCACCAAAGGAAACACCUCCAAGUCCAGUAAAAUGUAGUCCAACUAAAGUUCCUGCUUAUCAGAGAUAUCAAUCCCUUAUAGAGAGCGGUGCUCCAGCUCUACCUUUACCAUAUAGCUACAGAUUUUUGGCUGAGAUUUUUAGAUGCGUCGAUACAGUAUCAGCAAUGUUGUUUAAUCGAAAGGAAACCAUUACCUUCAAAAAACUCAAACCAGCUGUUCAAGAACUUCUGAGACGUAACUUUGGCCUUGAACAUUUAGCUCAGAUAAGAAGUGUUUAUCCAAAUGCUUUUAAAUUCAGUCAAGAGAAAGUGCGAUCUUUUGGAUCAGCGUCAAAAGAAAAAUAUGAGCUAGUUAUAACUCCAAUUUUAGAAAAUACUGAUAAAACUGGAAAUAGUUCAGAGGAUGGUAGUAGAAUUAGACCGGAUACAAUGGGUCCAGGAGUUAUGCUGGAAAGAAAGCGCAAACUUUACAACAUUCUUUUAGAUAAGGUGAAAUUGGAACACGAGAAAUUUUUGUUAAGUUUGGAAAAUCCAAUGAACAUUCCGAAGGAUAAAAUCACAAGAUGGCAUCCAGAGUUUGAUGUUGAUAAUUGUCCAGCAAUAGAGCAAGCUGAAUUACCUCAACCUCCUACUGUAGAGAAGGCUACGUCAGCUCAAGACGUCCUUGAGAAGGCAAAAUCACUAUUCAAUUGCAAUACACGCAUGGAAAAAGCUUUGCAACAUUUAGCUGAAUCUAAAAUGACAUCAAAAAGUACUGAAACCUCAGAGACCGUAAAGACAACUGAUCCACAACAAUCAGGAUGCUCAGAAAAAAUAAAAAUUUCAGGUGUCGAUACUCCACCAGCCACACCUCCUACACAAGGUGAUUUUAUUAAUCCAGCACUCAAAGGCAUUCCAAAAGCGUUGCUAGAACGGGUUCGUGCAAAACAAGCUGCGAAAGCUUUAGAAGCAAUGACUAGGACUCCUAAUGCAGAUAAAGAAGCAACUAUUUAUUCCAGACUUCCUGAAAUGUCCAAAAUUCUUAGAAAUAUUUUCGUAGCUGAGAAAAAAAGUGUACUUCCUUUAGAAAGUGUUAUUAACAAAUUGGACAAUUCAUUUAGAACAAAGUUAUCCUCCAAUGAAUUAGAAGAACAUAUAAGACUUAUGUGUAAAUUACUACCAACAUGGGCAAGUAUUCAUAAUGUACGAAAACUCGAUUACCUCAAGAUAGCAAAGGAUAUUGAUAUUGCCAAAAUAGUUAAAAGAUUUGAAAUUAUGGCAAACGAUAAAAUAAAAGCAUGAUUUUAUUAGAAAUUAUUAAUUAUUUGGCUAUACAUAAUAAAUGAAUGAUUUUGAUUUUUUUCACAAAAUCAUCUAAUAUCGAAAUAAUUUAUAUAAUUUAUGUGUGUGAGACUGACAUUGUAAUCACUUCGUAUUGCAUUUAUACUGAAAUAUUUCAUUCCUCGUAAUUUUUAUAUGUUUCCGAUCUUUUUAAAACGA